CUCCGCAAUGCCACCUCGUUCACCGGCAUCCCGCUCUUUUCUGAAAAGGGACAGGCAUGGAUCGAGUCGCGCACCGGGAGUUGUAUGACACCUCAGAGACUCUGCUCGUUUGGUCGCCAGUGGCAUAGUCCCCGCCGUUUGUAUCUAGACUCGGAUGCAACAGCUGCCAGCACUCAGCCUUGUGAGCUCCCCCCAAGAUCGAUUUUGGAGAGAUAUGCCGCCGCCUAUUGCUCUUCUACUAUAUGCAUCAUCUUCCCCGUCCUGAGUAAAUGCCUCUUUGUCAAAACUCUCGACUUGGCAUACCGUUCGCAUGACUCUCCUCCUGCCGCUGCUGCUAGGGCGUGUGUCUACUCUUUUCUAGCCAUGGCUUCCAUUCUGCAUUUCGAAGACGCCACUGCUGCAGCUAUGUCCUGUGAGUCGUAUCUAGCAGCGGCUAGGUCCUUAGCCAUUGUCUAUUAUUUCCUAGGUGACCUUCAGUCUAUGGGUCUUUUCCUGUCUAUUGCUACGCGGUUCAUCUUUGCCCUAAAUGCCCACGCACAUCCUCAUGAUGCUGCCAGACCAUAUAUUUAUUCCUCAUCACCACCCUUGAACCAGCCAUCUUCUCCACCGCCCUCUGCACCCUACGACAAGAGUGAUCCCAUUCACCAUCUCCGCGAUCUCUUCUGGACCUGCUACUCCCUUGACAAAGAUCUAUGCAUCCGCACUGGCCAGCCGUCGUGUCUGUCAGAUACUCACUGCGACCUUACACUCCCUCCUGAUUAUUCCGAAAUGCAAAACCGCCACAUCCAGAGCCACAUUAUCCCUAAUCUCGGUAACUUGACUGUUCCCAUGUACCCCUGGGAACUACUUCUCUCUCAGCUCAAGUCCCGAGCCUACGACGCUCUGUAUUCGCCCAUGGCCCAUCGCAAGUCGCAGUGUGAGCUUCUCGAAAGCAUCCGCGUCCUCGAUGAAUCCCUUGAGCAGUGGCGUUUGUCUCUCCCUCCAGAUUUCCGCCCGACGCUCAUGUUUGGGAGAACGACCCCUGUGAGCGCAGAUGUGAGCAUGCAGUCAUCUAUGGUUCGGCUAGCAUACUAUCAUUUUGUCGCAAUUAUUCACCGAGCAAGCGGAAGGUGCAUGGAUCAAUCGCCUAACAACUAUCAGGAGGGCGUACUAUCCAGCUUCAAUCUCUCCCUUGAAGCUAGCAGAUCGACGAUAACAUACUUGCGUGUAGCUCUCCAUGUCAUAACGGAUGAUUGCUUCUGGGUCAUCAUCUAUUACCCCAUCAGCGCCAUCCUCGCCCUAUUUUCCAACAUUCUCUCGAAUCCUCUCUGCGAAACCGCUCCCGGAGACUUGGAAAUCCUCAGAAGCGCCCCUACACUAUUCAGAAGCAUCCCCAUACGAAAGCUCACGCUGGCGGAAUUGACACAUCUGAAACUUCUGGAUGCCUUUUCGAUGGAGCUUGCCAGACUGGGGGGGCUUGCAAUCCAAAAAGCAGGAGGAUCUAUGCCCACCAAUGGAUGA